AUGUUCUGCAGUUGAGGGGGGAGUAUCCUGUUCACUGUCUGUGUCUGGCUGCAGGGCCUCUGCUGUCCCUGGGGUGCUCUGCAGCUGAGGGGCAGAAGAAGCUGGAUUCUCAGGAGGCUCCUCCGUGUCUCCUGCUGCUCCUGGGUCUGCUGCUGUUACUCCUGAGGAGUCCUCAUCUGAGGAGUCCUCUGACGGGGCCAUGACAGGGCCAUAGCUGAGCGGUAGAGCAUCUGCCUUGCAUUCAGAAAGUCCCAGGUUCGGUUUCCGGCAUGUCCAGGGGUGCCUUCUCCGAGGUGGUCCUGGCCGAAGAGAAGUCGACCCAGAAGCUGGUGGCCGUCAAGUGCAUUGCAAAGAAGGUGCUGGAAGGGAAAGAGACCAGCAUUGAGAAUGAGAUCGCUGUGCUGCACAAGAUCAAGCACCCCAAUAUUGUGGCUCUGGAUGACAUCUACGAGAGCGGGGGGCAUCUCUACCUCAUCAUGCAGCUGGUCUCAGGCGGGGAACUCUUUGACAGGAUUGUGGAAAAGGGGUUUUACACGGAGCGAGAUGCCAGCCAGCUUAUCCGACAGAUCCUUGACGCUGUCAAAUAUCUGCAUGACAUGGGCAUUGUACACCGUGACCUGAAGCCCGAGAACCUGCUCUAUUACAGUCUGGAUGAAGACUCCAAGAUCAUGAUUAGCGACUUUGGGCUGUCGAAGAUAGAAGGCUCAGGAAGCGUCAUGUCCACGGCAUGUGGGACCCCUGGCUAUGUAGCUCCUGAGGUGUUGGCACAGAAGCCUUACAGCAAGGCUGUGGAUUGCUGGUCUAUUGGAGUCAUCGCCUACAUCUUACUGUGUGGCUAUCCCCCGUUCUAUGAUGAGAAUGACACAAAGCUCUUUGAGCAGAUCCUGAAAGCUGAAUAUGAAUUUGACUCCCCCUACUGGGAUGACAUAUCUGAAUCAGCCAAAGAUUUCAUCCAGCAUUUAAUGGAGAGGGAUCCUAAGAAGCGCUUCACUUGUGAGCAGGCAUUGCUACACCCAUGGAUUGCUGGAGACACUGCUCUGGAUAAGAACAUCCACCAGUCAGUCAGCGAACAGAUCAAAAAGAAUUUUGCCAAGAGCAAGUGGAAGCAAGCUUUCAAUGCAACUGCUGUGGUUAGGCAUAUGAGGAAACUACAGCUUGGAACCAGCCAAGAUGGACCUGGUCAAGCCAUGCAGGAGAGCAAUGGCUCAGCUUCCAGUAGCAGCGAGGAGUCCUUGGAGAAUGGUUCUCACCGUCAAACGCGGGAUUGAAUGUUCCCCAGUGGACAGAGCAACAGAUGGCAGUGUCAGAACCAACCCAUUGUGGGGUGGGCGGUCUAAGGCCACCUCUGCCAUGCUACUUACAAGUAGAGCCAGGGAAGGGUCUGGGACUGCCACUGCAUCCCUCCCAGUAAAAUGUGGCUGAGCCCCACUGCAGGGAAAGCUUCCCAUGUUAAGUCACACUCUCCUGAACCUGGAACUGGGGCUUGAUCCAUCAUAGGACACAUACUUCCCUGGAGAUGCUUCUUUUUCUCUACCACAGAAUGGCUUACUGCUGGCUGCAGCCAACAAGCUCUGUCUGUGCUCACCCCCCAAGCUGACAAUGAUCUCUUCCUCCUUGCCCAAUCAGGUGGCGGGCCAAGUCUAGGAAAGGCCAUGCAAUGGCCCACUAAGGCCCUUUGCAGCAGCUGUCAAGGUGGAGGUUGAUCUCCAGCUGGGCAUGCAAGUGUGGAGCUUGAGAAUACCAAAAAAGGCUAAUCAAGUCCUCCACUCAAAUCAUACACUCCAGCCAACAAGAAAGGUACAAAGAAAGAGCCUGCAGAGCUUCUAUGUCCAGAUGACACAAAUCACAUGCUACAAAGGAAAAUGAAGCUGCUUCACUUAGUGAGGGAGCAGCUGCUGUAAGCUUGUAACCCCUUCACACUUGAUUUUAGGAAGCUCCUCCUGGUAAGGAGGGGUUGUGUAUUUCUGAUAUCAAGAGAUAUGGAGCUAGAUGGAAGGGACAUUUCUUUGCCUCUUCUGAUCUAUGGAUGAGGACAUAUGAUUUGUUUAAAGAGUGUUGGUUUGAUAGAACCACAGCUGCCCUCAACACAUAUGUACAUUUUUUUUAUCAAACCAGGGAAGAGAGGGGACGGAAACAGUUUAGUUGAUUUUCAGUAUGGCUCAGGUUGAACUGGAGCCAAAGUCGGCUGCAGUGGGUACCUCUUGGCUACUGCCCAUGACAUUAUCGUCCCAUCAAUCUGCUAAGCAAUUUUGCAGCUGUUUUUAAAAUGCUUGUGGGUUUUUAAAAAUAUUUUUAUUUUUGGGGGGAAGAAAGGGAAGAAUGAGCACACAUACAUAAAUACGUGUAUGCCUCUGUUUUUAAAAACAAUGUUGAAAGUUGGGCAGUCUGUAUGGAAUAGAAGGGGAGGGGCAAGAGUGGGGGUUGUUGACACAUCAUCUUGGCAUGGGGAAGCAAUUCACUGAUCCAGGAUUCAGCCUGUUGGGUGGUAUGUUUGCAACGCUAGUUGGAAAUGGCAGGUUCCUACCUAGAUGAAGGUCCCACUGAGAUAAUUCUCAAAAGAAGAAUCAGGAUAUUUCUCAUAGUAUAUAGUGUUCUACUUUCCCCAACCUGAUGACUUCCAGAUGUUUUGUAUUACAACUCCCAUCAGCCCCACCCAGCAAAGUCAAUUGUCAGGGAUCAUGGGAGUUCUAUGCAGUCCAGCAACAUUUGAAGGACACCAGGUUGGGGAAGGCUGGUCUAGUCCCACCUCCUCUUGAAGCUCACAGCUCCUCAUUUUGCUCUAGUGUCUUCUUCCUCCGUCCUCUUGGCUCAAGAGAACUUUCUAACUUGAAAUUUCUAUUUUGUUGCUUGUUCUUGUAUUAAAAAGGCAGGAAGUGUACUUGA